GAGAAUUGGGUGUUGCCUUCCUCUGGUCUCAGUUCGUGUUAGAGUCUUGCGCCGAGUGGACGAUAGUGUUUCUCUUCCCUUGUCUUUGAAACAAUUAAUCGUUACAUAUUUUCUUCGCAAGCAGAAGAUAAACGAAACGACUAGAAGAUGGGAGUAGAAGGUUGCACCAAAUGUAUCAAAUACCUGCUUUUCAUCUUCAAUUUCAUUUUCUGGCUGGCUGGAGGAGUGAUCCUCGGAGUGUCCCUGUGGCUCCGACAUGACCCCCAGACAAGCGAGCUGAUGGGAUUACAGCUGGAUGGCGAGGAUGCCCCCAGCACCUUCUAUAUUGGUGUGUAUAUUCUGAUCACUGUGGGCGCUGUUAUGAUGUUCGUUGGGUUCCUUGGUUGCUAUGGCGCCAUCCAGGAGUCGCAGUGCCUGCUGGGAACGUUCUUUGCCUGCCUGGUGAUCCUGUUUGCCUGUGAGGUGGCUGCUGGAAUCUGGGGCUUCAUCAAUAAGGAUCAGGUCACUGAGGAAAUGAAGGUCUUCUACGACAGCGCUUUCUCCUCGGCCACUGUGCCAGCAUUGUUUGGAGCUGCAGGGAAAGAAGAGAAAAAGGCGAAAGCAGAGGGUGUUCUGAAGGUCUUCCACGAAACGUUGCAAUGCUGUGGUACUAAUAAAGUGUCACAAAUCUUAUUGCAAACGAAUGGUCUGUGUCCCACGAAGGACUCGUUUCUGGAGAAGGUCACACAGAUCAGCUGUCACAGCCGUAUUGAUGAACUCUUCACCACUAAGCUCUACCUAAUCGGGAUCGCUGCGUUGGUUGUGGCAUUUAUCAUGAUCUUCGAGAUGAUUUUCAGCAUGAUUCUGUGCUGCGGAAUCCGGAACAGCUCUGUCUACUAAAACCCUGUCCUUCCGUAUAUGCCAUAGAACGACCUAAGAAAAGUCUUUGUUUUGUUUUAUAUUUUGGAACACAGUUAGCCGCUUGCUCCUUAUUUUGCAGUCUUACUAAUUAUCCCAAAUCCCAAAGUGUUUUGAAUUUGUAGCCUCUCUUGUGUCACCAGUUGGGUAUUGCUCAAUGCAGGAGUCCCAAGAAACCCGCAGUAUGACCUUUUUAUUCAUUAUAUUUCUUUAUCGUUUUUUUUUUUUUUUUUUUAAAUCUGUAAUUGCAUGUUUAGCGUUUUAAAACUUGUUUUAAGAAUGCAUUAGGUGUUGACUUACCAAAAUGGUUAAGACUGGGAGUAUACAGUGAGUAAUGCAUCACAAGGUUAGGUAACCCACACUGAACCCAUGCUGUAUAUCAUGGUACAUUAUCUGUUUGUAGGACGUACUGCCUGGUCAGCUGGGGACUUGGUGAAGUGUCCCCACAUCCAUUAGGAAUGAGGAAACUGAAUUUCCCAGGCUGAGCUGAUGCAAUGCUACCCUGCGUCUUGGCUCUGGUCCCAGAUUCUUGCCUCUGCUUCAUGCAUUCAAUCAUUCUGUAUUAAACCUAAUCUAUAGAACCACUGUAGGAAUGGUGGGCCUAUGGAAGCAGCAAUACUGCCACUGUAUUCUUAAAGAAAUUGAGCAAGGCAUGUGGGAUUCAAGUGAUCAGCAUGCAUGCGUGUGUGUGAAGGAGACGGGGAUGUACAGUCGGGCAUGCUUUUUGGGUCACCUGGGGUUUCUGAGGAUCCUGCGCCAACUAAACAUAGGCUUAUAGAAAGCUGCCAUAAGUGUCAAACCGUGCAAGACUUUGUAAUAAGUGUAGCAAACGGAUAGUGUUGAUCCCAAAAAAAGGAUGCUUGCUGCAGUCAUGCUGCCUAAUGUAUCUGUGUGCAAUGGGCAGAGCCUUUGUGUUUUUUAAUACAUAUUGGACAGACACCAGCAGUGUUGUUUUGAACCCCUAGGUGGUGCUAUAGUACCGGAUCACUUUUAUACAGAAGCGCACCCUGGUGGAUUGGGACAACAUUGCAGCCUUUUUGUUGCGUGUGCAUCUGAAAUACAGAAAAAAAAAAAAAAAAAAAAAAAAAGCAAAACAAAAUAAUUGUACCUAAAUCUGUUUGUGUGGCUGUUACAUUCAUUUAUGGCAAGCGUGGCUCGUUAACACGUAGAAUCUAUGCAUAUUAAUAACUGUAAUAUAUAUAUAUAUAUAUAUAUAUAUAUAUAUAUAUAUAUAUAUAUACACAUAUAUAUAUAUAUAUAUAUAUAUAUAUACACAGCUAUAUAAAAUUGUAAUGUAAAAAAUGUACUCUCUUUUUCUGGUACUGUGUUAUUACAAAAAAUAAAAUAAAGGAGCAUGGAUUUUAGUCCAAUUGGAUUGAUUUUGAAUAGCUGAUUCCUUUUAUUCUCCCCAUGACUACACAUUGGGUGUAUCAAUGCUUGAACCCUGAACUCCAACCACUGAGCUACUCGCGCUCUGCACUGUAUGAAACCACUGGCUUCCCACUUCAGCUUGAUUAUCGGAGCAUGUCUAAGACUGAGCUUUGCAACUCCAUUAUACCUAAUCCCUAGUCUACAGAAAGCAUCUCUUUGAUACCCUUGCAGGUUUUUGGCUUCUUGCAGGGGUCUGGGUUUUACCUUGUUCAAAUUCUUUUUACUAUUUCUACUAUCUCAUAGAGAUCCAGCAUGUGCUCUAAAACAUGAAUGUGAAAAAAAUAAGAAACUACAGAGAUCUUCAGAAGAAACCCAAUCUGCCAUCUAAAAACCAAGCUCCUGGAUUUUAUCAUUUUUAUUUGUUUAUUUUCCACAUAUUUAGGACGAAAUGUAUUUUACAAAUAAUGCAUGUCAGUGAUUUGCUAUUUUCUUCAGUUAUAUUCUUUCUACUGUGCACAUGUCCUUAUUAAUUAAGAAAGCAGGGGUUCUUGAUAAAGGUUAAUACGUACUGAUCGGCCUGCCCUUUAAAUAUCUAGGAGAUAUACCUCCAAAAUAAAUUGGAGAUGUUUAGUGCUGAAUUCAAGCUGUUUUUGCAGCUUGUUCUACUGCCUUUUUGAUCUUUGUAGACACACGUUUUAAAUGUUCCUAAAACUCCAGUUUUUAAUGGACAGAGGCUCUAGAGGUAAAAGAUCCUGUUCAUAUUACAAAACUAGAACCAAACACUUAAGUAAUAUAUGUCCAGUUAUUUUAAUCUGUUUUGUUUUUUCAUUUUGAAACCUUUUUUUUUCAAUUUUUUUAAAAAAGAGAAACGCUUUGAAAUGAAAAAACAGCCCUGGACAAAACAUUGUUUAAAACUGGUCCUUAAAUUGUUGUGAACAGGGCGGACUGGUCAAAGCCUUGAUUUACACACAUGGGGGAAUGCAGAUAACUGGUAUUUUGCUUCUGCAAGCAAGCCAAGUUCAAAACCCAUCUGGGUACACAUGACCUUGUGAACUUCUUUGUUGCAAACACCCCGUGCUGGAGUCGAUUUAAUUAAUGUAGAAAAUUAAUAAGACUGUUUAUUCUAACUAUAUUUGUUCUAACAACUGGCAUAUAUUGAAAAACAAAAAACGAAAUGAUAUAUUCAGUGUGUGUGUGUGUAUGUGUGUAUAUAUAUAUAUAUAUAUAUACACAAAGUAUGUAUUGUAAAGCUAUAUAUUUUAAAUGUAUAGUGUCAUUUUUGAAUAUAUCAUUAGUUGAUGAUUAUUUUUUUUUUACUUUAUAUGAAAUGAUCAUUUUAAAUAUUUUAGUUCAUAUGCAGUUGCAUUGGUAAAGGAAUGUAAAAUACACUUUUCAGAGAGGUGACCUCCAUAGGGUGCAGAUAUCUUUGCAAGCGACUUGAGACACAUUGUGAGAGUAAUCGGUCUCCGUACUGCAGUAGAUAAGGAGAGAGCUGAUCUGCCACCACCACCAACCACAGCAUGUGUUAGGGGGUUCAGAUUUUAAGAAAUCAUCAACGUUUUUGUAGUUAGAUUUUAUAAAAACAUUUUUGGCCAUUUUAGCAAUGUGCCCUUUUUUCCCCAGAAAAAAAGUCCACUGCAUAGGGCAUCCCUUCCAUCAUUUACCAGCAUAACCUGUAAAUGAUGUUCACACGCGGAUUACACCCUGCGUAAUUGUAAUAAUUGGAUGAAAAAGAGUUGAGACCAAGCGAAACCUAGCCAAGUCGGUCUUGUGUGAUCAGAACAGAGGCAGAACUAAUGCUUUAGAUUUGUACGACUGGGAAUCGUAUUACCUAGAAACCAGAUAAUGAUGAUUGCUUCGGCACACCCAGUUCAAACAAUGCAGAGAUGCCAAACCCCCACUGCAGAAACAAGCUUGAAGCUCCUCCUGCUGCAGCUGAGCAUUAUUCUGGAAAGUCUGUGCAUGAUGAAUAUUGAAACUGAAAGUACCUCCUAAUAACAUCUACUCAAGUGUAGCACCAAAGAAUGUUUUUUAGAGAGACAGGUGGUCCUGCUCCAAGCAUGCAGUGAGUAAUAUGGGAAUCAACACAGUUAUUGAAUUUGGUACUGUGCCAGACUGCGAUGUGGAGUUCUGAGGGGGAUACAGUGUGUAAAUCCAGCACUGUUUUUAUCAGCAUAUUACAGUCUGAAAUGUAACGGUUGGUCAUUUUUAUUUGUGUUGCUUGCGAUUGGAGAGUUUUAACACCAGUGGAUUCUGAUCAUGUGUAACAGUGCAACUCUUUCAUGACUUGCCUGCGUGUCCGAUUUGAGUUGACAUGAGAAAAUCUGAAACCCUCUGACGCUGCUCACCCAAAAACAGUGCCAAAGGACAUUGAUCAUUACCCCGUGUUAACAGUUGAAAUAGUGCCUUUCUUUUUAAACUGGGUGUCAAAUUCCGAAUGUGUCUCGGUCUUGGGGAGGUGGACUGGAUGGGGGGAAAGAUGGGGAGGAUCGGGGGUGAUCUGAAACGUGCAUACUCUGCCAGCCCUUGAAACCUUUGUAAGAGCAAUCAGCCCUGAUACACUGCAAUUAAAACCCGAUCUUAAUAAACACAGAUCAUGUUGUUCAUUUAUUGACUGACAUUCUCUGUGCAGUUUCUUUCACUUGUACAGCACCAGAUAACAUUAAAAAAAAAAAAAAAAAACGCAUUUGCAAUGUGCUUCUUUCAAAACUGCCACAAGUGCACAACUGCAAUGGUUUGUUAAUCCAAAUAAACUUCAAAUGCUGUCCUGUCACAGUCCAUUCCAAAGGGAUUUGAUUUUGAACCCCUUUUCAAAUAUUGGACCUAAAAUUCUACAUCCCCUCCCGAAGGUAGACCAACAUUUGUCAGGCAGAUAAACUGGCCCCCUGCUGUCCAGUCUAUCUCUCUGACCGGCCGACCUGACCUGUACUGCCCAGGAUCCCUCUCGCCUGUCAGGGGCUCAUUACGUGACAGUCACUCAGUAUCAUUCCUGUAUAGAGCAUGUGCCUGCUGUUGGUGAUUGAAUAUCGUACACAUUUGUAUACUGUGGUGCUUUUCUUUCUUUAGUGUGAAUACAGUAUGUAAUAAAAUAAUAAAGAAGAAUAAAUAACACUUGGCAAA